AGUAUAGGUACGCACACCAGACUGUGGUAUCUAAUCGAUGCCAGACAUCAGGUGGUGGGUAGACUGGCGUCCAUGGUAGCUCUUCUCCUCCAGGGCAAAAACAAACCCAUCUACCAUCCAUCUGGUCAGCAAGCAACCCUCUCUCGUGUCAUCUCCAUUUUCUCUUCUCUAGCUAUGUUCCCCUUUUAUCCCAGAUCUCUCUCUCUGUUUCCCUCUCUUCAUACUCCAUUUCCUAUCUCAACACUCUGUGAAUUGCUCCAACUCUUUUACAUUCUGGACACGGGAGAUCACGUGGUGGUCAUCAACACAGGCCAUGCGGUGUUGACGGGCUCUAAAUGGGAUAAGAAGCUCUACAGGCACCACACUGGGUAUCCUGGAGGUCUGAAGGAGAUUGUUGCCAAGCAACUUCACCAGAAAAACCCAACAAUGAUACUGAGGCGGGCAAUAAAUGGAAUGCUGCCCAAGAACCUCCAGAGGAAACACAGAAUGAGGCGACUCCAUCUCUACCCAGACUCCGCCCACAGCCACGCCCUCAACAUCACCCACCAGCUACCGGGACCCUGUCCUGUGUUCAAGACCCUAUCUGACUAUAGCUCUGAAGAGAUUACGUCAUUCCCAGACAUUGUUACGAGGAUCUCUCAUCUGUGACCCCACACGCGCAUUGAUCGCUGCUCGUGUGACCAUGUACCACUGUUGUAUGAUAAACUGUUGCAUUCACAUUUGCAGGA